GAUUUCAUCCCAUACAAGGCUUUUUCUACCCAGCACACAUGAUCCACAGGUUUUAUCCCCCUGGAAGCUUUGGAGAGUUAUAUAUUUAUACACACACACACUCAACUUGUUCAAGUUAAUAGCAUUCCUGGGCUAUUGAGUCAAAAGGCACUCCACCAGCGGGAAUUCUGGGCAGGCAGGAGAGGGGGGGAGCAUGGACUGUACUGAAAAAAAGUUCCUUUUUUAACAACAAUAUUUGUCACUUAAAAUUGUGCUUCUUUCAGUGGUUAUGCUGGCAAGUCUUAGCUCUGAUUCAAACCUAACGGCAAACAGAAAUGGGUAACAUGAUCCCUGCACGAGGGUUUUGCCCAGGGAGGAUUAACGAGACAGGGGCAAGCUGACGUUGGAGGCUACAUUGACAUUUAUGAAUGUUUCAAGAGCGUGGUGGGUGUUGCUUGGCAAUUCAUAAGUAGAGAAGUGGAGCCAGCUAACAACUGUCGGGGAGGAUGUCAAGGACUGGGCACGCAGAGGGCUGGUACAGCAAAGGGACCUGAUGGCCGAUUCGGAACCGCCUUUGGAGCAGCAUGGGGAUGAUGCAGGGACAUCCUUAGAGCUCCAGCAGGAGGUUACAGAUGCCCUGUUAGAGCCUGACGUUGCACACGCCCCCUUGGAGCUAACUAUGGAUGUCAUGAACACCCUGCUGGAGCUGAACAUGGAAGCUGCAGGCGCCCCGCUGGAGCUGAAUAUCACAGACACGUCCUUGCAGCAGCAUGUGGAUGGCACAGAUUCUCCCUUGGGCCUAGAGGGUGCCGAGCCUCUGACGCUGAGCAUUGAGGAGCUGGGAGAGCACUUCCAGGAAUGCAUCGUGGCAGUGGAGCAGCUGGAGGAGGAGAGGGACAGCCUCAUCCAGGAACUCACGCUGCUCCGGGAGCCUGCCCUUCAAGAAAUCAGACAAGCUCACGAGGCAAUCCUGGCAGCCUACCGACUGCAGGCCAAGGUGGAGCUGGAGAGGGACAAUCUGAGGAACGAGAUCCGACAAGUCAAGCAGAAGUUAUUCAAGGUGACCAGGGAGUGUGUGGCUUGCCAGUACCAGGUGGAAACAAGACGGCACGACAUGGCCCAAUAUGCCGUCUAUCAGGAGGAACUGGAAACCAGGGUCAGCCAGCUCUCAGAGGAAAUAUUGCAGCUGAGAGAGACUUGUGAAAAGCAGAAAGAACAGGUCAGGCAGCGUCUGGAGAGGCCUCAGUACCGAGGGGACAGCCAUUUCUUGCAGGAGAGCCGAAGGCUUUCCGUGGAGUUCGAGAGCUUUGUGGCAGAGAGCCGCCAGGGCCUGGAAAAACACUACGAGCCGCAGCUCGUGUGCCUUUUAGAAAGGAGAGAAGCCAGCGCUAAGGCUUUGCAACAAACGCAGGGAGAGAUUCACGGGCUGAAGGAGGCACUGCGACCACUGCAGGGAGAGACCAGCAGGCUGCAGCUACAGAACAGAAGCCUGGAAGAACAGAUCGUGCUCAUUAAGCACAAACGGGAUGAUGAAGUUCUCCAGUACAGGGAGCAGGUAGAAGAGAUGGAAGAGAGACUAAGGGAGCUGAAAAAUGAGGUCCAGCUUCAGCAACACAAGAACCAAGAAUUGGAAGAGCUGAGGACCAGCCUACACCAGGAACUAUCUAUUUACAAGGGCUGCUUAGAAAUCUAUGGUCAGCUUUGCAACUCAGAAGAAAAAGUAGACCAAGACUGACUGAUGGACUUUCUUUAGUUUAACCAGAAAAUAAAGGCAGAAGAGCUUGAUGUGAAGGACUGAAAUAUCUACAGUGGACACUUACAUUUCCCUCUUUCUGCUCACCCCCUCCUAAGUAAUGCAUAGAAGCUAUUUAAAAAGUCAGGAAUAUUAGACAAUCGUUUGCUUGUUUAUAUUUCUUGAGGUGCUGCUCUGUUGAUCUUCUAGCAUUGUAGAAAAGAGUGAUGCUACCAUCCUCAAGGAGAGCACAGAAGAGUAUACUUGUACUACACAAUGAACAUAUAACGAACAAUAAGAUGUAUGUUUUGCUGUGUUUGGAAAGCAUAUCUGAUCUUGUUCCAUAGGUGGAUUGUGUAAGCCUGCACAGAAAAGAAGCCUUUUUUUUUUUUAUUAAAGAAACACUUAAAAAGGGAUUGUGAUAGAGAUGUAGCCGUGUUAGU